AUGGCACCGGAGCUCUCCGAGGUACCCGGCGACGUCCUCGCGGAGGUCCUCCGGCGCCUCGAGCAGCACGGCCUUGCAUCGGCCCGGCGGGUCUGCAGGGCUUGGCGCGACACCGUCGACGCCCGCCUGCGCGGACACCUGCUCUCGCGCUCCGUACGCGGCAUCUUCAUCAACUUCAGCUGGUGGUGUACCUACUCGGAGUUCUUCUCCCGGCCCUCGACGGGCCCGGCCAUCUGCGGAGGGCUGGACUUCUUGCCAUGCAUGAUGGGCGUCAAGGUCACGGACCACUGCAACGGGCUCCUGCUCUGCCGUGAUGAGAGCCCCGAUGCGCAGCCGCGCGAGUACGUCGUCAACCCGGCCACGCGCCGGUGGACGCGUUUGCCCCAACGCCCUAGGCCGCGCAUGGCGGAAUCCGGCCAGGCCGCCUACCUCGCGUUCGACCCCGCCGUGUCGCCGCACUUCGAGGUCUUCCUGAUCCCACGCGUGCCACCCGCCGGCGAAUCAGACGACGACGACGACGACGACCCAUUGCUCGAGUCGGAGUGGCCUCCCGCAUCAUGCGUGAUGCAUGUGUUCUCCUCGGUGACUCAGCGGUGGGACGAGACGACCUUCCUUCGAGAAGGGGAGGCUGCAGGUGCAGGGAUGGUCGCCAACAUGCAUACGGAUGUGGAGGAUGAUCGGUAUCGUUAUCGUGCCGUCUAUUGGCAAAGUGCGCUGUAUGUCCACUGUCAGCAUGGCUAUCUUACGAGAAUGUCCUUGUCAGAUCACACUUACAGUGUAAUCAAGCUACCGAGUGCCGAACAUCCCAACCAUCAUUUGGGAAAAUCAAAGGAAGGGGUGUAUUGCGCAAUAUCUUGUAGCUGGGAUGGAUUUCUACAGCUUUGGCAUCUCAACGAAUCAUGCGGCCGAAUAGAGUGGGUGCUAAAACAUGAUACCCAUCUCGAGAUCUUUGAACAUGAGGACAAAAAACUGGGCAGACGAUGGGUCCUACAGGAUGUUAACCACCGUAAAGCGCCGGUGGAAGGGAAAUAUGAUUGGAACUCUGACGAGGAUAACAUUAUUGACAUUGAAGACAAUGUUGAAGAGGGAUAUCGGGAUCCUUAUUACUUCCUUGGGUUUCAUCCUUACGAAGAGAUUGUCUUCUUGAUUCUAGCGGGGAUAAGAGCAAGAGGAAUGGCCUAUGAUUGGAACAACUCGAAAUUUCAGGACUUGGGCGAUGUGUCUCCAGCAGAUUUCGAUCCCUGCUGCGGGCUACCAUGUGGAGAGACGGACGCAGCUUUCCCAUACACGCCAUGCUGGAUGGGCGAGUUUCCUGGGAAUGAACUAGAAUCGCUAAUUGAAGAUCAGGAGCUAUAUAGGAAAAAGUUGGAAAUGGAAGAGGAAUCCAACUUUACCUGCAUGGACGAGUACGAGUUGCGCAAGUUCCAUGGGCACGCCAAGAGGAUCAAGGACCGUACUGCCAAGAUUCGUCACAGACGUCGUACAACCGCUCGGUAGAACAUCAUCUUCACCGACAUCAAGGCCAAGGCGAUUUUUACAAAGGCGACCAAGUUUACUGUUUAGGGCCAAGGCGAUUCCCAUUGGCAUGGCC